CGGAGAGAGCGGCGAGGGAGGACGACAGCUGGCAGCGGCUCUGCGACGAUGACACGAGGCGGGAGGCCGGGCUGAGGCAGGCAGAACGAGCCUCCGUGUCUGGGCCCGGCCCGGCUCCCCUGGCUGGUGCGCCGACCUCCAGCAUCACCAGGGUCAGAAAAGAAAUCUCCUCCUGAUCAGCUGGGAAGUAUCCCCAGUGCCAUGGAACAUCUGGGCUCAGGGAAGGCCAAACGUCUGGCUACAUUGCUUUCAGGUCUGGUGGAAUGCAUGUGCUUUGCAGGUGUCAUUUUUGGAUGGGCGUCCCUAGUCUACGUCCUCAAGGAUUUGCAUUACUUCAGGGACCUGUGUGUGCCAAUUGCCAAUCAGACAGCAAAUUCCACACUGGAUGAAGACUGCCGUGCCCAGGAUGAGCAGUUCUCCCUCGUCUUCACUAUUGGCUCCUUCAUGAACAACUUUAUGACUUUCCCCACAGGCUACAUUUUCGACCGCUUUGGCACCACAGUGGCCCGACUGCUUGCAAUAUCUUCCUACACUACUGGCACCCUCCUUAUUGCAUUUUCCACAGAAGCUACCGCUCUGAUCUUAUUCCCUGCACUGUGCUUGCUCUCUGUUGGUGGAAUCCUCCUUAUCCUCACCAAUAUGCAGGUUGGGAACCUGUUUGGAAAACAUCGUUCAACCAUUAUCACUCUCUAUAAUGGGGCUUUUGAUUCUUCCUCUUUUGUAUUUCUCAUUAUCAAGCUGCUGUAUGAGCAAGGCCUUACGCUGAAUACCAUGUUCCUCUUCAUCUCUGCCUGCAGUGCCUGGCACUUGGUCCGUACUUUCUUCUUUAUGCCCCGCUACCAUAUUCCUUACCCACUUCCUCCAGGAUAUGCAUAUGGAAUGAGUUGUCAGAGGAGAUCCUGUUCAUAUCGCACUUAUGAGGAACAACGUCCCAAGAACUCAAAUGAGGAUGAAACACUUUCUGCAUCCGAUACACUUCAUGCUGACUCAGUGCUCGGAGAGGAACAUCUCACCACCAAAGUGAUUCCAGGCGAAGGGAAUCCUGGGGCUGCAUCAAACAGCAAGAAACCAGCUAUUGUUUCCUUCUGGAGCUGCGUUUUAUCCAAGCUAUUUUUUUGGAAUCUGGUGUGGCUGUCAGUGAUGCAGUUACGCCAUUAUCUUUUCAUCGGGACCCUUAACCCCAUGCUGGAGCGUCUGGCUGGUCAGGACGCUGCACUUGUGAGCAGCUACACGAAUGCCUUUGCCUUUACUCAGUUCUGUGGAGUCAUUUGUGCCCCCUGGAAUGGACUUAUCCUCGAUCGUCACAAGCAUGGACAGAAAAAGGAGGGGAGUUCUCAAGAAGUGCCGGAUUCUCUCGCAGACCUGCGUUCAUGUGUGCUCUCGCUGGUCAUCACAGUUCUGCAGUGCAUGGCUUUCUCCAUUUGUGCCUCAAUUCCAGUGCUGCCUGUCCAGUAUGCCACCUUUAUUCUGCAGGUUCUGAGCCGUUCCUUUCUAUAUGGAGGCAAUGCUGCCUUUUUAGCUGUUGCCUUUCCUCUGGAACACUUUGGGAAACUCUAUGGUCUUGUGAUGGGGCUCUCAGCUGUGGUGGCUCUUCUGCAAUAUCCUGCCUUCACUCUCAUCAAAGGCCCUUUGAAGGGAGAUCCCUUUUAUGUUAAUAUCGGCUUCAUAGUGUUGAUGCUUCUGGCUUUGGUCCACCCUUUGGUGGUGUUUCGGGAGUGCAAGCAACAGCAGAAGCAACAGGCUAAACAGCACAAUUCAGACUCUCCUCCCUUGACUGCAGAAAAGUCAGGUCUGGAAUCUUCCAUCUAAGCUCUUCAGAAUACAAACUUUGGGAGUUUAACAAAAGGGACCCAUGAGAAGACCUGAAAGGGAAUAGAAGAGCCAUGUGGAAGAACAUACCUCAUCUCUCCAAGCCUUGCUCCCCACACACCAGACUGUAAUAGAAAGAAAUGUGUUAAAUGCACAUUAUCCCCUGUUGGAGUACAGCCCCAGUGUGUCAAAAACAGAACUUUCUAUUACUCCCUCUUUAUAUAGUAUUAUUUUUCUAGAAUUAAACCCAUAUUAUAUUCUGCCAUUGUUAGCUUUUAAGGUGUAUUUUCAUUACUUUUUGUUCUUUUGUAGAACUGUAUUUUGAAGACUAUAAAAAUAGCGAUGCUAAAACUAAUUCAGGUUUUCCUUUUGGCAUUUUUAAUGGGCCAGAAAAAUAACUUCAUUGAAAUGAAGGUCUUAGCAUUUUCAUCUCCUAACAUUUUUUAAUUGAAGAAAAUAGCUUACCUUUGCUUUUGGAUUUUUUUAGAAAUGUAUGUUAAUUUUGGUUUCCAAAAGUCAAAGUGUGUACCAGAGCUUGAAGGGAAAACAUUUGGAGUAAUAAAACAGUAUUUUCUAAUAAAA